ACUCAACUCGCGCACUCCUUGCUCCGCACACACCCGUAAUGGACGACGCCGCCUUUCAGCAGCAGGCCCAGCAGGCCCGCGCCCAAGCCGAGGCCCAGGCCGAAGCCAUGGCCCGCCGCGAGCAGAUGCUCGUCCGCAUCAUGACGCCCGAGGCGCGCGAGCGCCUGGCCACGGUCCGCCUCGUCAACGAGGCCCGCGCCGCCGCCGCCGAGGACCACUUCCUCCAGCUCGCCGCCAACGGCCAGCUCGAUGCCAAGGUUAACGACUCGCGCCUCAAGGACGUGCUCGAGGCCCAGGGUGCCGCUCCGCGCUCCAAAAUCACCUUUGCGCGCCGGACCCACGACGACGACGACUGGUGACUCGCUCUCUCCGCCGUCCUCGCCUUGGACGCCCAUCUACCAAUGCUUCUUGCCGCCUGCUCGCCGCUGGCCUCCCGCUUGCAUUGGCUAUCCGCCCGCCGCCCACUUGUACUUUCAACACAUUGUCGAUAGCGUCAAGCUGGCUCUCCACCGCCCGGCCCCCACCCACCC